UGCGGGAUCGGCUCCGCCCCGUCCUCUUACGGGGCUCGUCCCGCUGCUGCCGCCUGGAGCCCACCGGGCUCCGGCCAGUGCCCCGGGAUGUGUCCCGGGGCUUCGCUCCCGCCGCUCUGCGGGGUGCAGUUAACGGGAGCAGGGCAGCGCCCCGGGGUUCCCGCACCGAUGCGCUGCCCUCCCGGGAAGCACCCGGACCCCGCGACCACCCCGGAGCCCGGAGCAUCCCCGCGCCCCCCGCGCCCCCGCCCCGGGAGCUCUCCGGAUCACGGGACUACCCCGGGACCCUCCCAGAUCCUGAGACCAUCCCGAAAGCCGAGACUCCUCUGGACCUCAGCACCCCGGCGUCUACCGGACGCCGGGACAAUCCCGGACAGCCCUUCCUUGGACCCUCUUGGACACCGGGACGCCCCCGGAUCCCCACGCCCCCGGACCUCUCCGGAUCCUGGGAUACCCCCGAACACCGGGACAUCCCGGGACCUCAACGCUCCCGGACCCACCCGCCCCGGGGCAUUGCAGACCCCGAAAUCCCCCCUAACCUCAGCUCCCCGGCUCCCACCCACCUCGGGACCCCCGCGGAUCCCGGGACAUCCCCGGACCUCACCACCCCCGGACCCCACGACCCCACGGACCCCGGGACAUCCCCUCCCCUCCAUCGCGGGACCUCCCCGGUGCUUUGCUCUCCUCCCACUCGCCCCGAGCCGCGCACCCCCGGUCCCCGGUGCUCCCCGCCCUCGCGGCCCGGGGCCGGACUACAACUCCCGGCGGCCCCCGGGCCCGGCGCCGCCGCUUCCCGCCGCCUCCCGCCGCUCCGCUCCCGCCAUGGCGCGGUUCGAGCCGGCGGCGCUGCCCGAGCUGCUCCCGGUCUUCUACCGGCGGCUCUUCCCGCACGGCCCCUACGGCCGCUGGCUCAGCUACGGCGGCGUGGUGAAGAACUACUUCCAGCUGCGGGAAUUCUCCUUCACGCUGCGGGACGAUGUGUACCUGCGCUUCCAGUCCUUCGGCAGCCCGCAGGAGCUGGAGCGGGAGCUGCAGAAGAUCAACCCCUACAAGAUCGACAUCGGGGCCGUCUACUCCCACCGGCCCAACCAGCACAACACGGUGCACCUGGGAGCCUUCCAGCCGCAGGAGAAGGAGCUGGUCUUUGACAUCGACAUGACGGAUUACGACGACGUCCGGACGUGCUGCAGCUCGGCCGAUAUCUGCUCCAAGUGCUGGACGCUGAUGACCAUCGCCGUGCGCGUCAUCGACCGCGCGCUCGUGGAGGACCUGGGCGUGCGGCACCGCCUGUGGGUGUACUCUGGCCGCAGGGGUGUGCACUGCUGGGUGUGCGACGACGCCGUGAGGAAAUGGUCCCCAGCGCUGCGGGCGGCGGCCGUGGAGUACCUGAGCCUGGUGAAGGGCGGUGCAGACACCGUGAAGAAGGUGAACCUCUCCCACCCCAUCCACCCCUUCAUCAGGCGCUCGCUGGCCCUGGUGGAGAAAUCCUUCGAGGAGUUUGCGCUGCUGGGGCAGGACAUCCUGGGCAGCCCCGAGAGAUGGGCCAAGGUGCUGGCCCUGCUCCCGGAGGAGCUGCGGGAGCCGCUGCAGGCCGAGUUCCCGCGCAGGAAGGACUCGGUGCAGCGCUGGGAGCUGCUGCGGGCCCGCGCGGAGCGGGAGCGGGAGCGGGGCCGGGCCGCGUACCCCGACUGGGAGGUGAUGCUGCAAUUCUGCUUCCCCCGCCUCGACAUCAACGUCAGCAAAGGGCUCGGCCACCUGCUCAAGAGCCCCUUCAGCGUCCACCCCAAAACAGGGCGAAUUUCGGUGCCGCUGGACCUGCAGAGGCUGGAGCAGUUUGACCCCUUUGCUGUCCCCACCAUCAGUUCCCUGUGCCAGGAGCUGGACGCGGCCGGCAGCGAUGGCGAGCAGGAGGACGGGGGGGAGACGGAGCCCAAACGGCGCACGAGGGACUACAGGAAGACGAGCCUGGCCCCGUACGUGAGGCUCUUCGAGCACUUUGUGGAGGGGAUGGAGAGCGCCCGGCGGGGAGAGCGGAUCCGUCGCAGCGAUCUUCAAGGAGAUUUCUGAGGCCUUGACACUGCCAGUGUCUCACGUGUUGUCACUGUCACCUCCUCAUGGAGCAGCCAAACCACCGGGGCCCCCUGGCCCUGCCCUUUUUUUUUUGUACUUUUUGUACUGUUUUCUACACAAACACCAUUAAAUGUUUCUGGUCA